CGGCUCCCCUGGGUCUCCUCCUCCAAUCGCGUCGCCGUCGCUGCUGCUGGGGCCGCCGCCGUUGCGGGGUGGGGGCGCUUUGGCUGGGUGGUGCGCGAGCCCGUUUCCCGGCAGCCUCCGCGCGGUCGAGAGGGAGGAGGUGGGGGGGCGGGCGACGCCGGAGGAGGGGCGUGGCGGGGCGGCGACGGUGCCGGCUGGGUGGGGAAAAUGGCGGCGGCGGCGGCGGCUCCUGCUCCUCCUCCUCCGCCCGUGAACCUGCGGCUCGGAGACUUGGUGUGGGGGAAGCUGGGCCGAUAUCCUCCUUGGCCAGGAAAGAUUGUCAACCCGCCUAAAGACCUGAAGAAGCCUCGUGGGAAGAAGUGCUUCUUUGUGAAGUUUUUUGGGACUGAAGAUCAUGCUUGGAUUAAAGUGGAGCAGCUGAAGCCUUACCAUGCUCACAAAGAGGAAAUGAUCAAAAUUAAUAAGGGCAAGAGAUUUCAGCAGGCUGUGGAUGCUGUGGAAGAAUUCCUCAAGAAAGCCAAAGGCAAGGACCAGGCGUCUUCUCAUAACUCCACUGAAGAGAAGAACCGGCGGAAUUCUAGUGAAGAGAGAGGCAAGCAGUCCGUGGGAGAGAAGAAACGCAAAGCCGGGCUGACUGAAGGGAAGCCGAAGAAGAGAGUGUCUUCAGUCUCCUCGGAGCGUGGCUCAAAGUCCCCAUUGAAGAGGACGUAUGAGCAAAGCCCCCGGAAACGAGGUCGCCCCCCCAAAGAUGAGAAGGACCUGACAAUCCCUGAAUCGAGCACAGUGAAGAGGAUGAUGACUGGGACCGUGGCUGGCUUCAAAUGGCCCCCAAGUGUCAGCGAGCCUGUGAAGGAUGGCGACCCACAUUUCCAUCACUUCCUGCUUAGCCAGACGGAGAAGCCGGCGGUCUGCUAUCAAGCCAUCACAAAGAAGCUGAAAGUGUGUGAAGAGGAAACCGGGUCCACGUCCAUCCAGGCAGCAGACAGCACAGCCAUCAAUGGCAGCAUCACUCCUACAGACAAAAAGAUAGGCUUCCUUGGCCUCGGCCUGAUGGGGAGCGGCAUCGUCUCCAAUUUACUAAAAAUGGGUCACACCGUUACAGUCUGGAACCGGACUGCCGAGAAGGAGGGGGCACGGCUGGGAAGAACCCCCGCUGAAGUGGUCUCCACCUGCGACAUCACUUUUGCCUGUGUCUCUGAUCCAAAGGCAGCCAAGGAUCUGGUGCUUGGUCCUAGUGGGGUGCUCCAGGGUAUCCGUCCAGGAAAGUGUUACGUGGACAUGUCGACUGUGGAUGCAGACACUGUUACAGAACUAGCCCAGGUGAUCGUGUCCAGGGGUGGUCGCUUCUUGGAAGCACCAGUCUCGGGGAACCAACAGCUUUCCAACGAUGGGAUGUUGUUGAUCUUGGCUGCUGGAGACAGGGACUUAUAUGAAGACUGCAGUAGUUGCUUCCAAGCAAUGGGGAAGACCUCUUUUUUUCUAGGGGAAGUGGGCAACGCUGCCAAGAUGAUGCUGAUCGUGAAUAUGGUCCAAGGAAGCUUUAUGGCCACAAUAGCAGAAGGACUGACUCUAGCGCAAGUGACUGGCCAGUCCCAGCAGACCCUCCUGGAUAUCCUCAAUCACGGACAGCUUGCCAGCAUCUUCCUGGACCAGAAGUGCCAAAACAUCUUGCAAGGAAACUUUAAACCGGAUUUCUACCUGAAAUACAUCCAGAAGGAUCUCAGAUUAGCCAUUGCACUAGGCGAUUCUGUUAACCACCCAACUCCUAUGGCAGCUGCAGCCAAUGAGGUCUACAAACGGGCGAAAGCAUUGGACCAAUCUGACAAUGACAUGUCCGCUGUGUACAGGGCCUAUAUCCACUAGGCUAUCCCGUUCUUACUGUUAAUACCAUGAUUAUUAAUUAUGAUGAUGAUGAAUACUGGGUUUUAACUCUGGACCAGUCCAUCUCUGCCUGUCUGUUUCUCUCCCCCCACCCCUGCCACCCCCAACUUUCUUUUUCCAUUUUUUAUUACAAAAACUCUUGAGAUCUGCCAGGAGGACAGCUGCCACAAGCAAGCCUUCCUAUGCUGGCAGCAGCAAGAGUGGACGCAGCGGGGCCCAGAUCAGUCUCCAUCUUGAUCACCAGCCGAUACCACAGGCACAGAACAGAAUUAUCAGCAGGUUGCCCGGAAACUCCUGAAGCGCCUCUCUCCAAGAAAUCCGCCACGUAGCCGCUUUGGUGACUCGAGUGUUCUGUUUCUCAUUGCUGUUCCACUUCUUUGCUGUGGGUGAUGUAUGCUUUGACUCCUUCGUGUGUUAGGGACAGGUGAAAGGGCGAAUGUCCGCUACCUGUGAACCUUGGUGUGACUUAAUUGGUAAUCUUAAUUGGGAUGAGAACCCGGUUCCUGCAUUGUCCUUGGAGGAGAUGAGCAGAUCACGAUGGUGACGGGGCUGAAAUCAAUGUUGUUCUUGGGAGUUUUCCCACUCCUGGCCCAAACAUCUCAGUGGAAUUAAUUCUCAGAAGAAUAAGGCUGUAUCCUUGUCUUCCCCACAGAAAUGACCUUGUUUGGGGUGGGGAAUGCAGGCCUGGUAUAGAAGUGUUGGACUCAAAUACGUAAAAUGCAUCUAGAGACGCCAGUUCCCAAAAAGUUAAUCCAAUCUGCACAUUGCUGUAAAACUAUUUGAGUUUUUAUAUAGUUCAGAGAAUGAAAAGUGUUGUUGUAUUUUAGAGGAAUGAAGGAGCUUGGUGUCCUCCUUCUGGUUUUAAGUCUUGGCAGCACACAAGUUGACGUGCACUGUUCCGUGACUGUUAGUCCUUGCAAAGGUUGUCUGGAUUCAUGUAGCAUUCCCAGAUUGUCACGACAGGAAGAAAGUGUGGGAAUGGCUUCUGAUCAUGAGGCCUCUUGUGUAGAUCCCAUAGAAAGGACUUCCGAUCCCGUUGAAGCGGCUUUCGAGCUGAAUGAAGCAUGGUUGUGCGAAACAUUUUGAAGAUCCUCCUGCAGCCCUCCAACUGCCAAAGCAGACAGUAAGGGGAUAAGCACAGGCUUGUGCAGCAGUGGAGGAAAUGGGCAUCUGUAAAGAUGACUGAGCUUUUUCAAACUCAGAAGAGUUUCUUAAAAAGAAGUCAGUAUUAGCCCUUUUGAAGAGAGCUUUAGGUGCUGAGUGCAGUGCAGUGAGCGACUGGGGCGAUGCCAGCCUGACUUGCUGAAUUUCAAUCUGGAGUCCAACAUGCAUCAGCCCAGCCUGUCUUGAUUUUGUGGUGUAUAGACACCACUGCCUACAUGUGUCCGCCUCUGCAGACGCGGAAGCCAGCAAAUGAACAUGGGCGGAGAGAAGAGCCCUGCAGGUGUGCCACAGUUUACCUUCCAGAUGCCAGCAGAGGGCUGUGGUGCUUGUGUGUUGAGAUGUCCAGAGUGGAAGGCUAGUGAACCCCAGGCACUAACCGGGGACAUCUUUCUUAGUGUGCUCAGCUCACACUCCUUGCUUAAUGGCGCAAGCUAACAAAUGAGCAUACUUUCCCCCAGGGGUAGGCAUCCUUGGUUCUCCAGCUGUUGUGGAACUACAACUUCCCUCAUCCCCAGCUGCAAUUUGUUGCAGCUGGGGAUGUUGGGAGUUGUAGUUUGAGCUAGAGAGCCAUGGCUGCCCACCCCUGAUCUAACGCUGCUUGCUGGUACAAAUAACCCAUCAGAGCCCAUUUGUUCCCUACAAACAAUUUCUUAAGUUUAAGAAAUUAAACUUCUUGUGGGAGAGGGGGAGGGAGGCAACACAUGCUAGACAAAAUCUGUAGUUCCAUAUGGAUUUUGGGAGGACGGCUGGAGUCCACAGUGGAAAGGAGCAAAGGUGUCUUGGAUACCCUUGCACGGGCAAUUCUUUGUAGCCCUCGUGCAGGACAGUUUACAAACAGCAGGUCACAGAUCUUUGCUAAAGCUCCUGCAUUAUUCUUCAAUUAAACCCACUUCAAAAGGCGUUAACAGAAGUAGCUUAUCCCAGAGUGCUUUAUUCUGCCUCCUGCAGAAAACCCCACCCGGAGCUGGGAGUGGGAGAGCUUCCAUUGAAGGUCUGUCUUGCAGCCUCUUGAGCGAGGAAAACAAAACGUCUGUUAAAGGGUGGGGUGCUUCCUGCAGGACUAGACAGUUACUGAGACACCAUCUCUCAGGACGUGCUCUGAGAUAAUCGGUGGGCUUGAACUGUCAGAUGCAAAUUCAGAGGCCAUGGGUUGCAGCCAAAGCAGAGACGUGUGACGCCUCAAAGACCCGGAUCGUGGCAUAAGCUUUUGUGAGCAUGUACCACAAUAUAAGUCUUUAAGGGGCCACCAGAGUUGGCUAUUAAUGCUGUGUCAGACCCUCUCCUCCAAGAGCCCAAGAUUCUGUUCAGUUGUUCUUUUGUGGGUCUCUUCUAUGGUGAUGGGGUGGGGAGGGGUGGGAAGUUGAGUUUGGAUUAAAAGAGAAUACGAUGGAACUGGCUUAGUCAUUGUUGUCUUAAUAUUGUUGACAAUACUGUAAAGUUCCUUUUUAAUGAGGAUUUCUGUUUUAGCAAUUGCUUUGUUUUGUUCCCUCCUUUUAAAAGAGAGAAAUGUGACACUUGUGAAAAGCUUGUAAGAAAAAGCUGUUUUCCUUUAAUCCCCACCCUCUCCUUUGACGACAGAUCUAUAGGUAAUUAAGGUUGUGAAUUUUUUUAAAAUUUUUUGGCCUUGUUUUUAAUUAACGUUUUGUCAUUCAGAAUAGGAUGUGUGGUGAUGAUUAAAUGGCAAAAAGAGAAUGAUUUUUUUUUCUUGUGCAAUUAACAAAAGCUACUGGCAAACAGAAAUAAAAACUUUCUUGGUAACACAA